AUGUCAGAAAAGCAAAACGAUGGGCAACCAGAGCCCCUAUCACCAGGGUCCAAAGGCCAAUCAGCAUCCAAAGAUGGCUCAAACAACAAGUCCAGUUCGCUGGCUAGCAGAAUCCAGAAUUCAGCAUCGACUCUCGUUCGUGAUGCUGUCACAAGACCAAGUGGGCAGGCCGUGGGAGCAGAUCUCUCCCAGACCCUGGGAAAUAGCAGCAAGGCAGGAUCGUCUCGACAGCAGCUCAGUGGGAGUUCUGCUGCCUCCGCGGCGAUGGAGAGUUUCUCUAGAUCAAGUCAUACAGCAGCGGGCUUUGCUUCUGGCGCUGAAGCAGGCGGAGUAGGAGGCUCUGCGCCGGAGUCGUUCCGGUCACCGAUGCCGGUCCACGGUGGCGUUGCGCUGGACGCGAUGGGACAGGAUCAAUUCCAGAACGAAUAUGGCGACGAAUUAUUGUUUGGGAACUCUGUCCUCUCACAGCCUCAGGGGAAAGGCAAAGGCAAGGGGAGAGAGAUCGAAGAAAGUCCAGAUGUCCCGCGAUCCGAAUUUCAUGACGCGUGGGAGGCAGCAUUCAACCAGACCACUGUUGCCGGUCAAUCUACUACUUCAUAUACUGCCCCUCCUCACACUUCUUUGCAGAACUCAGAGGACGGAGCAGCGGUUGUAUCGCUCCUAUCAGACCCGGCUUUCCAGCCUGAAUUUCUACCCACAGAAGAUGAUCCGACGGACUACAGCGUCAUCGACACCGUCCCACCUCUGACGGCGGAAGAGAUCCAAAUAAUUGACUCGUUCCGUCGACAUCCAUCGUCUUCGCAGGGAACGGAAGAACCACAUCAUCAUCGACCCAUCACAUCGCGGAGUUUGAUCCCGGACAUCGACAGCUUUCUUGCGCAGCAGGACGCCAACAACAACAGCCACGCAGCCGUGGAUACCGCCACACUCCGCGACACAGUCCUGUCCAAUCUUCCGGGGGCAGAGGACUGGAUCGGCGUCGAGGACCGGUACCACGAAGAAGUGUGGGGAUAUCUACGACCCACGCUGGAGGCGGCGUCCAAGGAACUGGAAGAGAAGAAAAAGAGUCCGGGGAAGGAAGAAAAGGACGGACCGGCUGUCCGAAGACUCAAAAUGAUCCUGAGACAUAUGCAGCGAUAA